UUGAACGUGUUUCCUGGAGCUUCGCUCUCGUUGUUUAUCUUUUUUUAACCACCACCGGGUACCCGUCAGCCUUAAUUUAGUUCUGCUAGAUGGUAGGAGAAACUCUUCAACAUGCCAGUUCACUCCCGUGAAAAGAAAGAAAAUAACCACGAGGACAUGGAGGUGGAUUAUCCGGAGCAAGACGCUAGCAGUACUGACGAUGAAGAUACUGUAAGCUCAUCUGUUUCUGAAGAUGGAGACACUUCAGAAAUGGACGAUGAAGAUUGUGAGAGGAGGAGGCUGGAAUGUCUUGACGAAAUGACAAACCUUGAGAAGCAGUUUACGGACCUCAAAGAUCAAUUAUACAAAGAGAGACUGAGUCAAGUUGACAUCAAGCUGCAGGAAGUCAUUGCUGGCAAUGCUCCGGAGUACUUAGAACCUCUCGCCACCCUUCAAGAGAAUAUGCAGAUCAGAACCAAAGUAGCAGGCAUUUAUCGUGAACUGUGCUUAGAGUCUGUAAGGAACAAGUAUGACUGUGAGAUGCAGGCUGCCAGUCAACACUGGGAGAGUGAGAAGCUGCUGCUGUUUGACACCGUUCAGAGUGAGCUGGAGGAGAAGAUAAGACGCCUAGAGGAAGAUCGGCACAGUAUAGAUAUUACCUCAGAAUUAUGGAAUGAUGGUUUGCAAUCCAAAAAGAAUAAGAAGAAGGAUUCUUUCACCCCUGGCAAGAAGAAGAAGCCUGUUGUUGUAUCAGGGCCAUAUAUUGUUUACAUGUUGCAAGACUUGGAUAUACUCGAAGACUGGACAGCAAUAAGAAAGGCAAUGGCUUCAAUGGGACCACACAGAAUGAAAGUAGAUGUUCCCUCAAAGCCUGAGAAGCAUCACCAUAUCGCUCGUUCAGAGGAUGGACGUCUGUUCUACGACAACAAGUGGUAUUGCAGAGGGCAGGGCAUCUGUAUCAAUAGGAAGGAUGAGUAUCCUACUAGUGCCAUCAUUACCACUAUCAACCAUGACGAGGUCUGGUUCAAACGACUGGAUGGCAGCAAGUCAAAGCUCUACAUCUCACAGCUGCAGAAAGGCAAAUACACCAUCAAGCACUCUUAGUGGUUGCCAAGUUCCAUCUACUUGCGCCUUGUGUUCUCUGUUGCCAUUGCAACCUGGCCUAUGGCCUCGUCCUCCAUGCCCCCCCCCCCUCCCUUUCUCUCUUAAGUUUGCCAUUCAAAUGCAAGAAAGUUCACUACAACUUGGUAGUCUCUUUGUACAUAAGGAUGUAUGUAUAUGAAUUGUCAUUGAGGAGGCCAUAUUUUUACACUCUGAUGUUGAGAAGAAAGAUGUGCUGCUAUAAGAAACAAGGGGUUUGAAGGGGAGGGGGAAGCAAGAAACUGUGGAAGAGAGAAUGUAUUGGGUUUGGGGUGUCUGUGAGUGUGCUUUGGAUAAGGUAAGGCUCCCGUCCAGAAGUAUCACUCAGUUGAAGCCUUGCUGAGAAGAGUAUUAAGUGCAUAACGAGUGGCAACUUCUACAAAGUCGUUUAUGAAAUGGACAUGUCGGCAGUAGUUGAUUCUGCAGAUACUUGUGGUUGUUACAUAUCAAAGGGGUUGCUUGCCACUGGCAUUGAUUUUAUGCUGAGACAGAUUAUUGUACAAUGCAGACUUGUCUUAUUUCAAGUCUUUGAAAAUGUAUGUUUGCCUGCUUAUGUGCUUGUUGUUGGUGCCAUUAUUACACACUAUGAAAGGUCUGCAUAUGGUAUCAGUAUUUAGAUGGCACAACCUCAAUAUACAAAUAGGCAGAGAACAGAUUUUUUUUUUUUUAACUUAAUGAUUUUUGAUUUAAUACAUAUAAACUUGACUUACAUCACUCACUGUUGCACAGUCUCUCCCCCUGGGUGCUCUGUGAGCAGUAAUGCUGGAUUAGUCAUAUUGAAUGUCAUACAGAUAAGAGUCCUGGAAGGCAGCUGUGUAUCUAAACCGUGCACGCGAAAAGUGCUGUCUUCAUGAAAAGUUAAUAGUCCUUCGGAUGGACUUGUCCUUUUUCCCUUUUUAUAUUUGCACUCUCCCAUCAGAUCAUAAGAUUGUGUCUGAUAUGAAAUCCAGAUGUGAUGUUUUGCAUGCUCCCAGAGGUGCUCGGAUUGAAAAUAUGCCUGCAGCACGCGUCACACAACUUGUCGAGUCUUGCUUUAAGCUGCCAUGUAGAAUUUGUUGAGUUUGUUUUUAAUUGAUGCUGCUCUGGCUCGUCCGAACUCUUACCUCCUGUCAAAAUAUGUAGCAGUAAACUUCUUCUUGAACUAAUUCUUGCCAUGACCUUGAACCUUUGUUGAUUGAAGUGUAAGUGAUUGAUGUCCAACCCAUUUGAAAGAGGAAGAAGUUGACCCACAUAGAUGAAUUGGGGAUACAUACUUGCUACUAAGCAUUUUUUUCUGUCACUUUUAUUUUCCACUGGAGUCUUUAUUGACUUAAUAAAGAAUGGAAAGAAAGAUGUCUGAUUCAUCUCUCUCUCUCUC